UUCAAAUUCCAACUGGAUCGCCGAGUAUCAUCAGACCAAAGAAAAUCUCCACACUCACACCUGCUGCUUCUCUCUCUCUCUCUCUCUCUCUCUCUCUCUCAUGUCUCUGUCUUCCUCUCUACCUCUCCCUUUCAACCCCACUCUCUUCCCCAGAUCACCUCACCCCCCUCCUCUUCUCCCAGACCCUAAUAACCUCUCCGCCUUCCCAAUCUCCAAAGCCUCCCCAAACCACUCUCUCUCCAGACCUCUCGUUUGCUUCUCUCUCUCCUCCUCCUCCUCCAAUUACGAGCAAGAAGAGGCCCGGUGGCUGCGCGAGGAGCAACGGUGGCUGCGGGAGGAGCAGCGGUGGCUCCGCCAGGAAUCCCAGUGGCUCGCGGAGCGGGACUCCCUCCUCCGCGAGAUCAAAACCCUAAAGCUCCGAAUUCAGGAGCUUGAGGGCCGACAGGGCGAAAUUCAAGGCGUUUCUGUGUCCGAGGCACUCUCAAAGCUCGCCGCCCUUUUACAGGUGGUGAAGGAGGAGAAUUUCGGGACGACGGUGAAUCGACUUACGGAGAGUGGGUCGAGUGCGGUGCCGAUGGUAAUUGAGGCAGCAACGGCAGAGGAGGCGGUGGUGGUGAAGGAGGUUGCUGGAGUGGGGAAGAAAGAGGUUAAUAAGAAGAAGGCGACGUUGAGGAAGGGAUCGGAAGGAGAAGAUGUUCGAGCAAUGCAGGAAGCAUUGCAAAAGUUGGGAUUCUAUCCUGGAGAAGAAGAUCUUGAAUAUUCUAGCUUCUCAAGCGGGACAGAGCGUGCUGUGAAAACUUGGCAAGCCACACUAGGUGCCCCUGAAGAUGGAAUUAUGACUGCUGAACUCCAGGAAAGGUUAUAUAUGGAACACCAACUUGGGAGUUCUGGCUUGGCAGUGAAUACCAUUCCAAAAGGGAUUGGCAUGGCUGGUCUUCCUAAGGAGGCUGCAAAUGGAGCUGCAUUUGCUUCGAUAACAGAAAUCUCAGAAAUUCAGAAGACAAUAGUGGAAGAAGGUGUCGCUGACGUUGAGGUAUCUGAACAUCGAGUCUUUCUUCUUGGGGAGAACCGGUGGGAAGAACCCUCUAGGCUUACUGGCAGGAACAAACAAGGUGGAACCAUAAGCAAGGAUUCCAAAACAAAGUGCCUCACUUGUCGUGGGGAGGGUCGCGUAUUAUGCACAGAAUGUGAUGGGUCUGGCGAGCCGAAUGUUGAACCACAGUUUAUGGAAUGGAUAGAUGAAGGAACAAAGUGUCCCUAUUGUGAAGGCCAUGGAUUCACAAUCUGCGAUGUUUGUGAAGGAAAAACAUUGGUUUAGGUACACGUGAAUAUGUACUAAUCAUAGAGCUUUUCGAAUGGUUGGUUACUAUUGGCAUUAUCCAUCAUGCAAUAGUAUAAUACUGUUGCAGUUGGAAUUUUUUUUUAAUUGGGGAUAGAGAACUACAGAUUAAUGACUGGUGGUUAUCACCCAAAAAGAGAAGCUAUAGACUGAUGAAUGAGAUUUAACCUUAGGAUUGAAGCA